AUGAAGGCUCCAACUCUAUUUCAGACCACUGGCCAAGCCAAUAGUGAUCAAGGAUAUUUGAAUGUGACAGAUUUAGGCAGUGGUAGUGUUGCAUUAGGCUCAGCUGCAAAAGGUGCAACACUUGGAUCAAAUCUAGUGAAGUCCGUCGCAUCACAACCUUAUAACAUUUCAAUCUUGCAAAUUAGCAAUGCUAUUAUUCCAUUGGGGAUUGAUUCAUCAGCUAAUUCCCCGUCUUCAUCGCCUAAUCGUGCUCCUUCACCUAGCACAAGCAAUAAUUCCUCCGCGCCAUCACCAGGCUCUGCUCCUUCGCCUAAUAAAACUUCUACCCCUACACCCUCACCUUCUGCAGCCCCCGGCUCUGGCUCAUCACCUAAGCCAGAGCCACCGGCUGCAGAUACCCCUUCAGAGGCUUCCCCUUCACCGACUCCACAUGCGCCUGGUUCCCCACCUAAGCCUGAUGCACCAACUGCAGACACUCCUGCUGCUGCUGAUGCACCAACGGAGGAUCAUUCUCCUAGUGCCACCUCAGUGUUAGAUGUUAGCUUAAUUUUCGUUGCGAUAUCAAAUCUCUUUUUUGUAUUAGUGAUUUGA